AUGUCUUUGACUCGCCCUCGGCUCUUGUUCUCCUUCGUAACAGACAGUGAGCUCUACUUCUUCUCGGCACCUCAAGGUGAGAGCUCGUCGUCUCCUGUGGCCGCAGAUUAUCAUCUCAAGUUCAGUUUAGAUGAUCCAUACAAAGUUUGUGGUCAUGUUCGUGGCUUGGUCUGUCUCUCUUAUCUUCGGGUUUUGAAAGAAAGGAACGAAACGGCUCAUGUGAUAUGUAAACCAAGCACAGGACAGUUGUUGCCUUUACCAAAAGUGAAGACAAAGAGGAGCUUUAGCGUGUAUAGUUUUCUUGGGUUUGAUCCGACUGAUGAAGAAUUCAAGGUGUUGACCAUAACCGGUGGGGAUGAUCAUAGACUUCUAACGUUAUGGACUCAAAAACUUGAAUGGAGAAUGAUCGAAUGUGGCAUUGGACGUCAUUAUCCUAGUAGAGAUAGUGAUGGGAUAUGCAUCAAUGGUGGUGUGUAUUAUAUAGGUCGUUUUUAUAGGAAUAAUGAUGAUGAGCCUGAUCUUGCGAUAGUUUGCUUUGAUGUGAGGUUGGAGAAGUAUAGAGUUAUUAACGAAGCAGAGGACAUGCAUCUGCUAGUAUCUACAACUCUUGUAGACUACAAGGGUAAGCUAGGUGUUCUUAUUGAAGAAAGCAGACGUUUUGAGAUGUGGGUUCUGGAAGACGCAGAGACGCAUGAAUGGUCGAAGAAUGUAUCCGUAUUGCCACAACCUCUGUGGAAGAGUGUAGCUGGAAAGGCCAAGUUAUACAUUGCUGGAGUGGUUGGUGGUACUGAUGAAGUUGUCUUGUGGCCGGAAUCUGUAAAUCCGUUGUAUGUUUACUACUACAACAUGGAGAGGAACACUUUCAGAAGAGUUGAGAUCAAAGGAAUGGAGGCGGUUAGUGACUAUACAAAGCACAUGACUCUUGACUAUGUAGAGGACGUGAAGCUUAUGAAAUAUGUUUAG